CUCGUCCAUCAUGAUCAAAUGAUAACACAGUGUGUCUCGGGAAUAUCGACGCGAAUCUUUCCAGUCGGACCGUCUCUUCAACACGGAUGUGGCACUUUCAAGUUGCCAACGUUUCUGAUUAGAAAUCGAUAUCAGUCGGUAAUUCUGACCUGCCGUGAAACAAAGGUCUGGCGCUCACCGGCGAAUGCCGCAUUAGCACCACAUUCAAGUCAUCACGUCGGCAUUGCCUUGGCUUAUCUUCCAUAUAUUCCUUGAACUUGUCAACGAACAACAUGCAGACAGCUAACGCAGAUGUCGAUAUUUCCCCGUUCUCAGAUAUCAUCGGAGCAUUGCGAAACAUCCUUGCACGUUCACAAGUGAUAAUUCCGAACCUUGAAACCCCAUACCCCAUAUUCCCCAAUACCGACUACUCUACCGUCGAGCUCGAGGGUCAGAGCGUUCUCGAUAUCAUCGCCGAGCGCCAGCAGCAGUUAGAUACAGUUUUGUGCGAGAUCUCAGGUCUGGAAGCCGUGAUGACUGAUGUUAAACAUCUUCAUCAGCAACUCGUCGAAAAGAAGGACAAGAUCACCCAGUCAAUGAAUUUGCACAGGGGACUCGUAUCGGCUCUCUGGCGGUUUCCAAAUGAACUUUUUUCCCAAAUUUUUCACCACUCUCUUCCAUCGCCGGAUACUGGUUCGAAAUCUAGCUACUUGUUGCCCUCGUCAAGGCUGAAAGCUCCCAUGUUAUUGACCGGAAUAUGCCGACGAUGGAGGGACAUUGCCACGAGCACACCCAGUCUGUGGUGCAGAUUGGCCAUGGAAGUCGACGACACGGAUUGGGAGCGGGCAGCUUCUGGGUACGACUCAUGGCUCAAGCGGUCACGGGGACUCCCGCUCGCGUUAGCACUCAAGUGCUCCAAGGACAAUCAUUCGAUUAAAUUACGAACCCUUCUUCAUCCUUACAUGAAUCAGAUUUUAUCUCUCUCUAUCUCUUUUUUCUCCGGUGCCGAAAAACCUGAACUUUUGUUAACAGGCCUCCCAACACUCCAGCAGCUGACCAUAUACUUGAAUACCACUCGUAUUGUGUUAGCUUCUGUGUCCCAACUGCCGUCAACUAUGCGCAAUUUCACGGCAUUGCUGCUGUCGUUCGAGCACCAACGCCAUUGUUUAGGUUCCCUAUGGGCCCACCUAACAGGUGUCGGGAUUGGCGAUGUAUCUCAACCGGGUUCAGUCCUCGAACUGCUCCAGCUAUGUCCCAACCUCUCCUCGUUGACAAUACGCGGCUCCUUCAAACAAAUCCAAACCUUGGAGCCACUCACGCACCCCAGGCUUCAAUCCUUACGAAUUCAUUAUUCGCCCUCUUCACGCUCCUCGAGUCGCAGGUCCUUAUCUGACUUGUUCGAUGCUCUAUCACUCCCGAAUUUGCGUGCCCUUGAAGCUCUCAGCGGAAGCCCUGACGGUGUAAGAUGGCCUCAUUGGGAGUUGAAGGCAUCCUUGGCACGGUCAAAGUGUCCCCUGGAGAGCCUGAUCUUCGGCAGUCGGGUGGAGGCAACAGAUGAGCAGCGAGCAGAAUACGUUACCCUUAUUCCUUCCCUCAAAAUAGGACUAGUAGAAGAAACAAACUUUACACGUACUUUUGGAUGAUGUUCGCCUUCAUAUCACGCUUCAUUGUGCCAGAUGAACCUUCUUCUCAAUUGUCAUGCCCUCCCGCCCCUCCCGCCCUUGUCAGUUCACCCAUCCUCAAUACCGUUAGCUUCAACCAACACGACCGCGACUAGAACGAAAUCCAUCGAGACCGCAGUCUCCCCUGCCAUAGUACUAUUUAUGAUGCAUCAUACUCUCCAGUGGUCUGCUCCCACCCGUGCGGCCUCGUUCGUGAUGCAUUCUCUAAUGCCUCAGCGCCUUUGCCUA